CCAGGAAGUCAGGUCAGGGAUGGAUGCUGGAUAGAGAAAGAGAGAGAGGCAGAAAAACGAGAGAGAGAGGUCGAGAUUGAAAGAGAAGGAGAGCGAGGGAGCGUUUACCAGGAGAACUGAUGAAUAGAGAGAGGCGGUGUAUUGUGAGUUUCUCAGGGCAUCACCCUGCGCUGUAACUAAUGGCAACCUCGGUCCAGACCCUUCCUCUGUCCCGCAAUCCUAGCAAGAGCUUCCACGACCCCUUCCCAAACCCGCCUAUCUCCUCCCGGUGCAGCAUGGGAAGUGUAGGCAGCCUGGUGGAGCGGCCGGACGGCCCGCCGGCCAGAGCGGGCAGCAGGGCGGUGCCCCAGGUGGGGCCCAGGCAGGCCAACGGGCUCCUGAAGAAGGGCUUCACCCAGAGAGAGCUGCUCAACUACCUCAACAUCACCAGGAAGGAUCCCAAAGCGGGGUCCGGCGGGGCCUGUAGGAAGGACAUCCUGUCGGUCAUGUCGUCCGUGGCGAGAGAGCGAGGCCCCGAGGAGGGCAACAUCUACACCCAGGUGUACCGCAAGGACAGCCCAGAGCUGGAGCUGGGGGGGAACUCCCUGCCCAGGGGGGGCAAGUACGAGAAGCCUCGCCUGCGGCCGUCCGCGUUCCAGCCCGUCACCCCCAAGAACUUCAGCUCCAUGCAGAACCUGUACCCGUCCUCGCACGCGGACGAGCCCGACCUCGGCCUGUCCAACGGCCUCCACCGGGCCUACGGCCACGCCCCCGGGGCCGCGUCCACCUCCUCCUCCUCCUCCCCCUCCCGCCACGGAGGAGCCGCCUCCGCUGGACACAAGGUGCUGGCGUCGGUGCGUGGACUGAGUCAGGAGGAUGAGAACCUGUCGGACUCGGGUCACAACUCCAUCAACAGCCUCCCGCCUUACCGGCCCCCCUACCGGCCCCCCUACCGCCCCCACCUGUCCCACAUCAGCGCCUCCAUGGGCCACAUCAACACCAUCGGCUCGCUGGACCGCGGCUCGCUGGGGUCCAAGGCGGCGGGGGGGGCAGCGGGCGCGGGGGAGACGGCCAUGUCGUGUCGCAGCAUGGCCACGCUCAGCCGCCUGGCGCCGUACGGGGGGGAGGCCCCGCCCCCUUACGAGAUGACGCUCUCGCAGUCGGUGGAGGAGGUGGUGCGUGACCUGGAGGAGCGUCUGGUGGAGAAGGAGCAUGAGCUGAAGCAGGUGAGGAGGAACCUGGACGAGAGCGAGGGUGCCAUAGCACAGGUGUUUGAGGGGAAACAGCGUCUGUGGGAGAAGGAGGUGGAGGAGCUGCAGCUGCUGUAUGCCGCCAAGCUGCGCCAGGUUACCCAGCAUGCCCAGCGGUCGCAGCGCAGCCUGCAGCUGCAGCUGUACAAGGCCCAGCAGGAGAAGAGCCGGCUGCUGGAGGAGCUGGAGGGCCUUUGCAGAGAGAGCAGCCGCGAGGGGGCCCCCGCCAGGGGCCAGGGGACCAGCCCUACCCUGGAGGAGACCCAGUGGGAGGUGUGUCAGAAGUCGGGGGAGAUCUCUCUCCUGAAGCAGCAGGUGAGGGACUCCCAGGCGGAGGUCGCCGCCAAGCUGAGCGAGAUCUUCCUGCUGAAGACGCAGCUGCGAGAGACGCGCGGCGAGCUGCAGCCGGCCCUGCAGGGGGCGGCACGCGGGGGGGGAGGGGAGGGCUCCGCGGGCGGCGCCACAGUGGGAGGGCCUGCAGGGGGCUCCACCGAGGAGCGGCUGCGUGCCGAGCUCCUGCUGGAGCGGCGUCAGAGCGAGGCCCAGGCCACGGCCUUCGAGGAGGAGAGGAGGACCUGGCAGGAGGAGAAGGAGAAGGUGAUCCGCUACCAGAGGGAGCUGCAGGCCAGCUACCUGGAGAUGCACCAGCGCCACCAGGCCCUGGAGAGAGAGCUGCAGGAGGUGAGGGCUGGGAGGGAGAGGGAGGGGGGGGGAGGAGGAGGAGGGGAGAGAGAGGGAGGAGAGAGGAGAGGGACGCUAGAGAGGGAACUGCAGGAGGUGAGGGCUGGGAGGGAGUGGGAGGGGGGAGAGAGGAAUGGGACUUUGGAGAGAAAAAUGCAGGAGCCCAGAGCACCCAGACGAGGAAGAGGAGGAGGACGAGAGGAAGAGGAUAAACCUCCCAAUGGCCUGCCGUGGAUAGAAAGGAUUGAGUCCUCUGAGAUCUGACCAUUGGAUCGAUUCCAAGCGACCAACUCAUCCUUCACCCUGUCUACUUAACCUGAAAGGAUAGCAAGGCCCCGUUCCAAUCCAGACAUGUGCUCCCUCACCCCCCAUGCCCUUGUGAAUAGACAGCAUAGUGCACCACCUAUUAUUCACUGUACGUGCUCCCAGCCAGACACGGACCAGCCAACUCUUAAAUAUUUGUAUGAUAAGAAAUGUAACAAACAUUUGAUAAUUAUGAUGUUAUUCUAUGUGUGUACAGAAUAUAACCAACAUGUUGGAAGUACCACACUGUAAAUACUGUUAUGAAGCCUGUUCUGUUGGACUGUGUUCUAGAAGGAUCUGACGGAAUGGGAUUGAGUCGUGUCAUGUGGUGUCAUCCUGCCUCAGAGCUGUGUUUCUGCUCCAGAGAGAGCUGGCUGUCUCCGAGCGGAGAUCACAGCUGAUUCUUGGAUUAUAGUCCUGCUCAGAGCCUGUUACUUAUGGAUAGCAAACUGUAAUACCAGCAGGAUAAUUUUUGGACUAAUCUUAUUCCAGUCAUUGAAGUUAUUUUAUGCUUCCAGUAUGCCCUUUGUCGUUGUGCUAGGUAAACUCUCUUCAUCUGAAAGAGAUGACCUGUUACAGACCCAUGCUGACUGCUAUAGCACAAAGCUGUAUUGUUGAAUUGAACAGUUGUAUUGAAAUUGCCUUUCAAUUUACUGUAAGAUUAUCCCAAAGUAGUUAAAUACUGAACAUAUUAUACAGAUCCAGUAUCACGUCUGUGUUUUUUUGUCUCCCAGUUACUGCAUGAUGUACAUGAGAACUUAAGCUAUCCAAAACUCACCUGACAGAUCUGUCCUUAUUUUAGCUUUCACCUGUGAUUUUGUAAAUUGUGAUGCGAAUGUUCUAAGAAAACAGGGUUCUCCUUCUGUCUAUGACUGGUCAUGCUUGGGAACUCAAAUACUAUACUGUGACGUUGUCAAACUACUGAGAUGUACAGUAUGUGUGUAUAUUAUAAUGUGGUCCUGAAUUUCUACAGUAAACAUUUAUGUGUGAAAAA